AUGGGAGACGAUUCUUUAUGUCUUGUAAAAGGAAUCAGCACUGUUCGAAUCAUAAUGUUUGAUGGGAUGAUACGAGUUUUGGGGAAUGUUAGAUAUGUCCCUAGACUAAGAAAGAAUUUGAUUUCCUUGGGUACUUUAGAUGAGGCCGGCUAUGGGUAUGAGUCUAAAAAGGGAAGACUCAGGGUAGCCAAAGGAUCACUGGUGGUAAUGCGGGGUGACUUACAACCAAAUAAGAUGCUCGGGCACAUAAGCCAGAAAGGGUUGCAAGAAUUACACAAGCAAGGCCUAUUGGAAGGCGUGUCAUCUUGCAAACUGGAUUUUUGUGAAUAUUGUGUUCUUGGAAAGCAAAGGAAGGUAUCAUUCACGAGUAGCAGUGCAGAUAACCGAAGCAAGGAGCAACUCAGCUAUAUUCACUCGGAUGUUUGGGGCCCUGCACCAACCAAAUCAAAUGGUGGAGCCAGGUAUUUUGUUACUUUCAUGGAUGAUUUUUCUAGGAAGGAAUGGAAAACAGAAAUCGAGAAUCAAACCGGAAGAAAGAUCAAGUACCUGAGAAGUGACAAUGGAGGUGAAUAUACAAGUAAUGAGUUUACCGAUUACUACAAGCAGGAAUGCAUCAUAAGGCACUUCAUAGUAAAGAAGAAUCCCCAACAAAAUGGAGCUGCUGAGAGGAUGAACCAAACUCUCAUGGAGAGAGAGAGGAGCAUGCGAUUUCAUGCAGGAUUGCCUGAUAGUUUUUGGGCAGAAGCUGUUAAUCAUGCAAGUUAUUUGAUUAACAGAUUACCAUUUACAAUUCUCGAUUUUAAGAGUGCAGAAGAGGUAUGGUUCGAGAAGUCGGUGGACUAUUCCAAGCUCAGGGUAUUCGGCUGUAGUGCUUAUGCACAUAUUCCAAAUGAUGAAAGGAAAAAAGUUGUCAGUCGAGAUGUUGUCUUUGAUGAGACAACCAUGCUUCUGAAUAAAGUUGAGAGUAGUAGGGAGAAGAAAGAUGAUGCUGAAAUUGAAGUAACAAAGAUUCCGUUAAUCAGUUCAAACGAAGAAGAAGCUCAAGUGGAGCAAAUUGAGCAAGCAAGAUGCCGAAUAUGA